AUAGUAGGGAGUAAGGUGGAGCCCCUGGACUAUAGGGGCAUGGACACUGAGAGUAGUCCGUCCCCGUCUAGUUCGGAGAAAACGGUGGAGGGGGUGAGAGGAGAUGAGAUGGUGGAAGUUGGGGAAGGAGAUGUGGUAGAGGUGGGGUAUAAUGAGGGAGGAGGGGUUGAGGUAGAUAGCAUACCCAUCACCGUAGUAGAAGUAGAAGGUAAUGGGGAGAGAGGCUAUGAUAGGAAUGCAGAGAUAGUGGAGGAAGUGAAGCAGUACCAAUCUGAACUAAGGACCAGGGAGGACCUGUGUCACUUAGUAGAAACGUACGAGAUCUCUUCUCGGGUACUAGUUAGGCCAGCUGGGGUAGAAGAGAGGGCAUGUUCUGCUCCUCGGGAUCAUUGGAUGCCCGUAUACUCCCAUUAUUUGUAUGCUGGGCUUAAGUUUCCAAUUCUCGAGUUGCUAAUAGGUUUACUGUUAGAUUACAACAUAGGGUUGACACAGUUGGUCCCCAACGCAAUGAGGGGGGGUAGCAGGAGAGAUAAGGGGUGGUAUUAUUUCAUCCCGAGGGUAGCUAAUAAGGAGGGUAGGAUUUUAUUCACUGCGGGUCCUUCAUCCAUUAAGGGAUGGAAGGGAAAAUUCUUUUUUGUGGAUGACACAGAAUGGGGGAAAGGGGAUGCUGAGGUGAGGGCAUUAGUCUCCUGGAAGGCCAAAAGGGCCAACCAGAAUAGGUUUAGUUUGAAUGGGGACGAAGAGGAAGAAGUGGGGAGGUUGGUGAGGAAGAGGGGGGAUGUACUAAAUAUUAUGGACCUCACCAGCGCAGCAUGCAUAGAGGCUGCUGAGCUUUAUGGGCCAAGCGCUUUGAGUGAAGCUGACAUGGAACAGUUUCUGAAUACUGCUGGAGGGAAGGCCAUCCCCAAGAAGCCAAGGAAGAAGUCAAGGACUUCAGCUAAGCAAGUGGAUGAGGGGAAAGCUGGGAAGGAGGUAGUGCCCCUGGCUUCAGCUGAGACGGAGGACGAGGUGCCACCGUUGAAGAGGAAGGGUUGGGAGGAGAGGAGAGCAGUGGAGAAGAAGCAGAAGGUGGUGGAGGAAGAGGGGAGUGGGGUGCCUGAGUUCGUACCUCAGCCUCCUCCUGUUGAGCUGGACCCUGAGCUCAGACGGUUGGAGGAGGGGACUGAGGUACGAGCUCCUGGUAAGGGAAAGGGCCCUGUUACCCCGACGGUGUCUCAGAGCAGCCUGUUCGAGGUGAAGAAUAUGAUGGGGGCUAGGUGGUUUAUCAACAACACCUUUCCCGAAGUAGACAAACGCCACGCGCGAGAGGAGGCUCUGAGGUACGGAGGAGCUUCUAUGGUGAAGCACGUCCUUGAGAGCGCGAGCUGGGUGAAUGGUCUAGCCCAGGAGUUCAGGGAGGGUGAGAGCAAACGAAGGAUCUCUGAAAGCGAGCGUGAGGCUCAGGCGCAAGAAAUAAGGCUGAUGACGGAGGCAUUCAAGGAGCUGAAAGGGAACAUGCAGAAGUUGGUGCAUAAUGGAAUGAAGGAGCACAUCAACAACUUCAUCAGUUCCAGCUCGUUUGACAGCAUCGUCAACUUGUACCGGCUACCCACUGCCAUCAUCGCGUUCACUGAUUGCAGAAAGAAGGUGAAGGCUGCAUAUCCCGAAGUGGACGUGACAAAGAUCACCUUCGGCGAGCAAGAAGAAGGAGUGGAGGAAGACGGUGAGAGCAUGUCAGCAGACUUCCGUCCUCAAAUCAAACUGAGGUGGGAGGAUGAUGCAGACGAUCUUGCUGUUUUCCCUCCAGAAUUCGACUUCGAGUUCGUGGCAGUGGAGGAAGAAGGGGCAGAGGUAGGAGGAGACGAAGUGGAGGCUAGAGUGGAAGGAACUGAAGUGGAUGAGAGGCAACUAGUUCCAGAAGUAGAGAUCCACUCAGUUCCUUCUGACGAUGAGCAGCCUCCACUGCCAGAUGAGCAGCAGCCAACACAACCACCUCUUCCGGCUGAACAGGAGCCAGUGGAACCACCUCCACCAGCAGAGAAAUAAUUUUUUGUUUGUGAAUUUUUUGUAGAAACAUUAAACAAUUUGUAAAACUGUUAUUGCUGUUAAAUGAAAAUUCAAAUUUGAAAUUAUAUUAUUUGUUUAUGUUUGCUUUAUAUGUUUAUUGUUAUUUAUGAAUUAAAGAGCUGUGAAUACU